AUACUCGAAAAAUUGUGUUUUUGUUGUUGUACGCACGUUGUACAUGUUAACAAAUCCUAUUUUUACUAUUUUUAUCAUUAUAUAUUAAUAGUUGAUAUAUUUAUAUAAAUUUAGCUGAAAAAAUCAACUUUGGAAUAUCUAGUUGUUUUGUUAGUUGUUUGUUAAUAAAUAAAUGAAUUAAAUAUAUACGUUAAUGACUGAACAUAACCAUACUUUUUGUACAAAUUGCAAAAAUUUGUAAAUAACUUUUUAAUUAUUAUGAGUUGUAAAAUAAGACAACUGGUUCACAAAAAGGUUGCUGAAUCUUUUCAUAACUUGGACCACAUAAAAAAUGUACAAAUUCCGAAUUUGAAACUAAAGCGCAACGAAGAAGGGGAUACGUUUUCUUUUCAAUUACCAUUAAAAAAUAGAGAGUACGAUAUUCGUAGAGAAGCUGAUUGUUUAACAAAUAAUUUAAUUGAUAAUUAUGUGAAAAAUAUUGAACAUGGAAAAAAUGGAAAUAAUGAAUGGUUGUCAUUUCAAUUGCACAGAAAUCCAUAUAUUCAAAAUACUUUAAAUAAUAAUCUCAAAGAAAUAUUGCCACCUGUUAAUCAAAAUGUAAAGAAAAUUAUAGUAGAAUAUAGUUCUCCAAAUAUUGCGAAACCAUUUCACGUUGGUCACUUGAGAUCUACGAUAAUUGGCAAUUAUAUUUCAAAUGUAAAUCGAUAUUUAAAGAAUAAUGUAACGAGCAUAAAUUAUUUAGGCGAUUGGGGAACACAAUUUGGUUUUAUUCAACUUGGACGUGACUUGGGUAAUGUUUCCGAGACAGAAAUGAAAAAUGAUCCAAUUAAUAAUUUGUAUAAAGCAUAUGUUCAUGCAAAUAAUUUAAGUCUAAAAGAUCCAACAUUAAUUGAGAAAGCUAAAGAUAUUUUUCGAAAAUUAGAAGAAGGUGAUGAAGAAAAUUUGAAAGAAUGGGAAAUUAUAAGACAAUACACUGCCGAUGAAAUAAAAAAAACUUAUAGUCGAUUAGGCGUGACUUUUGAUGAAUAUCAUUGGGAAUCUAUGUAUAAUGCAAAAAAAUUACAACCACUUCUCUCUGAUUUACAACAAUUACAAUUAUUGACAAAUGAUGAUCAAAAUAGAAAAGUAAUUUGGUUACAUGAAAAAGAAAGUGUUCCUUUGAUAAAAAGCGAUGGGACUACAUUAUAUAUAACGAGAGAUAUUGCGGCAGCAAUUGAUAGAUUUAAUGAUUAUAAAUUUGAUUCAAUGUUAUAUGUCGUGGAUAAUUCACAAAGUGCACAUUUUACGAAAAUUAAAAAAAUUCUUGAACUUAUGCAACUUUCAUGGUCGAAUAGAAUAGAACAUGUGAAAUUUGGAAAAAUAAGGGGCAUGAGUACGAGAAAAGGGACGGCUGUAUUUUUAACUGAUAUACUCGAUGAAACAAGAACAGUUAUGAAAGAAAGACAGAUACAAUCUCCUAAUACGAAAAUUUUUUUGGGUUCAACUGAUGAGAGUACCGAUAUUCUUGGUAUUUCAGCAGUGAUUAUUAAUGAUUUGAAACAAAAACGAAUUCAAGAUUAUAAUUUCGACUGGAACAAGGCGUUAGAUAUAAGAGGUGAAACAGGUGUAAAAUUGCAAUACACACAUUGUAGAUUAGUGAGUUUAAUUGAAAAUAGUGAAAUGGAAAUCGCAAUGGAAUGUAAUCCAGAAAUAUUAAAGGAAUCAGUUGUAGAUGAAUUAGUUUUCGUUUUUGGCCUUUACGAGGAAAUGUUGCUUAAAUCUCAUGAAAAAUUGGAACCAUGUAUUUUUGUGAAUUACUUAUUUCGGUUAAGUCAUGUUAUUAACAAAUCAGUGGAGUUGUUGAGAGUUAAGGAUGAAUCACCGGAAAUAGCUGCACAGCGUUUACUUCUUUUUACGGUAGCUAAAAACUUUCUUGCUCAAGGAAUGAAAUUAGUAGGUUUAACACCAUUGAAAAAAAUGUAAGUUUCAUUGAAAGAAAAAAUUGUAGAGGAAUUAGAUAUUUUUACAAUAGAAUUUAAAUAAAUCUAAGAACAAUUUUGCAUUUAAAAAAA